UCUGACAGAGCUCUGACAGACUUGGAAGCCGCCUCGAUUUUGAAUUUCUCUAUAUAUGAAUAUAUGAAUUCUGAGCAGUUCGAAUGGGUAGUCGGGAUUUGAAAUUUUUGUCGUUUUCUGUUUUUCUUUUGGAGCAAAUACCCCUAAUCUUGUAGCUCCUCUUACUUCGAACAUGACUUCUACCCCCCCAAGCACAAAUGAGCCUGCAGCCCCCGUUGCUCCCUACGGGUUUAUAGUUCCUCCCGCUCUAGACAGAAAUACUGGCCCCCCAAGCGCAAAUGAUCCCGCAGCUUCCGUUGCUCCCUACGGGUUUAUAAAGCCUACCAAAUCAAACACGGUUACUAGUCCCCCAAGUACAAAUGAGCACGCACCCCCCGCGGACAUGGUUACUAGCCCCCCAAGCACAUAUCAGCCUGCAGCCCCCGGUGCUCCCCACGGGUUUCCUACUCCUACUUCGAACAUGAUUCCUAGCCCCCCAAGCACAAACAAACCUGCAGCCCCCGGUGCUCCCCACGGGUUUCCUCCUUUUACUUCGAACAUGAUUCCUAGUCCCCCAAGCACAAACAAACCUGCAGCCCCCGGUGCUCCCCACGGGUUUCCUCCUACUACUUCGAACAUGAUUCCUAGCCCCCCAAGCACAAACAAACCUGCAGCCCCCGGUGCUCCCCACGGGUUUCCUCCUACUACUUCGAACAUGAUUCCUAGUCCCCCAGGCACAAAUCAACCUGUAGCUCACGUUUCCCCUCAUGGUCUUGUCUCGCAAAGUUCAGCCGGACCGAAGGUGAAUUGUAUCGUAAUAGUGAACGAGCUCUUCUGACAGUCUUGGCUCUCCAGCCAGAGCAAUUCGCUCCUAAUGAACCGCACAUUCAGACCCAACCACGCCAGGAGCAGAUGCAGCCCACAGGACGAAU